AUAUUUUAAGUAAGUCAUUUCUUAAUUUUCUGCUUAAUUGUCAAAUUAUAUAUCAUUAUUCUAUUAUUUACAUAGUCUUUUCUAAUUGUAUGCAGUGAACACAUGUGUUUUUUGAUGACCAAAUAUCCGGAAAAUGAAAAUAAUGAAAUGUGGCUAAAGAAUAAGCAAAAUGAGACAUUCCCAGAAUGGUUCAAAGAAAAGAUUGCUUCAAAUUUUCUCGACGAAAUGGAGAUAUCACAAGAAAUCAGAUGGAUCGCAGAUGGGCCCAAUAAGGAUGUCCCUACAUUCAAUGGUUACAAAAUGGAUGGGAUUACCUUUAGCACCAAAGAUCGUGAUGAUACACGUAAUGUUCAGUGCAGUGGCGUGUGUGUUCAAGCCGAUACCAUGGUUGUGCAGGGGAAGGAUCAAAUUGUUGAGCAUGCCUCGCCUACAUUUUAUGGAGUGAUAAUAGGUAUAUGGGAGUUAGACUAUAACAACUUUAGGAUCCCUAUUUUUCGUUGUAAUUGGAUUGAUAUGAAUAGAGGGACUAAGGUAGAUGACUUGGGUUAUACUUUGGUUAAUUUGAAUAGGUUGGGGUUUUUUAAUGAUCCAUUUGUGUUAGCAAAACACGUUAAACAAGUAUGUUACAUAGAUGAUCCUCUUGAUAAAUUAUGGUCCGUGGUGUUGAAAUUACCCGAGAAAAACUAUCAUGAGGACAAUGAUGAAGAAAAUGAGGGAUCCGUGGAAGUAGAACUUGAGAAUGAGUUCUUUAUACCAAAUUUGCCGGAUGUUGAUUUAGACGAGGCAACAACUAGUUAUAUGCGAGACGUAGAUGAACUAAUUCAACUUUUAUGAUGUAAUUUUAUUUGAUUCUUAGUUUGGUGAUGAACUAAACUAACUUUCAUGAUGUAAGUUGGUUUCUUUGUUUUUAUCUCUGUUGGUUGGCUCUGUUCUGAGUCAGAUCUGUUA